UAAAUUAAUAUUUCUCGCAAGGGCGAUAUUAUCCAUUGGCAGCAUUGGCAUGACCAACGUGCGAGUCGAAUAUAAUAUCAGGGCAGAAAUGUCGUGAGUGGAGCAGAGCAGAAAUGUCGGAGAAGAGUGAAGCUCAAGUUAUCGAAGAUUUCGGCGGCGAAAUAAAGCUCUACAGUGACGGAUCAGUUGUUAGAGGAGACGAUUCAGCUUUCUCCUCCAUCUUUCCAGAGCCCGAUACUUUUAAUUUUAAGCAUGUAGAGUACAAAGACGUCGUGAUGGGCGAGGAAAUUGGAUUGUGGGCACGCCUCUACUUGCCACCUGAAACGACGAGCAAAGCGCCCAUCCUAUUGUACUACCAUGGCGGCGGGUUUUGCGUCUUUAGCCCUGCAACGCCCGUCGUGCAUCGCGCGUGCCAGAUGUGGGCAGCCACGCUCGGCGCCCUGAUUGUUUCAGUGGAUUACAGGUUGGCUCCCGAGCACCGCCUUCCUUGUGGCUACCAGGAUUCCAUCGCAGCGCUGCACUGGCUCCAACUGCAGGCCGUGGCGGCGGAAUCAGCAGAUCCGUGGUUGCGUUCCCACGCCGACUUUUCUAGGGUUUUUCUGGCGGGCGACAGCGCAGGAGGGAAUAUUGCGCACCAUGUGGGCUUGUGGGCGGCGGGGACAAAGUUGGAGAUCGAAAUCAAGGGAGUGAUUUUGAUGUAUCCAUACUUCGGAGGCGAAGAGCGCACGUCGUCGGAGAAGUUUAGCUCAACAGUGUUGAGUUUGGAGCAGUCGGACGUCCUGUGGAGACUUGCGUUGCCUGUGGGAAGCAACAGAGAUCACCCCUUCUCCAAUCCGCUAAUAGAAGAAGCCGCUAUCUCUGCCCCUGACAUUUCUCCCAUGCUUUUUGUGAUUGCAGGGCGCGAUAUACUGAGCGAUCGACAGUUGCAAUACUGUGAGUUUCUCAAGAAACGUGGGAAACAAAUUCGUGUGCAUGUGUAUGACGAAGAAGACCACGGCUUCUUUUUCACGAAAAUGGAGGGACAAGCCUCAGUUGAAGCUCUCCGUGGUAUCUCCGAUUUCAUGAAGUGAAAACAGUGCCGUCACGGGACACUAAUAAAAGUUUCUACCAUGCUGUCUUUAGCCAAGUAUAUGAUAUUUUUAAUUUAAGUUAGUUUCUACCAUGCUGUCUUCAUAACUAUGUAAUUUCUUAUAAGAAUCGUUAUUAAAAAAUUCCAUUUACUUUGUUA